GCGUUUAGUGUCGAUAGUCAGAUGCCACGCGUCCGUCGCUUUCUCUCUCUCUCUCUCUCUCUCGUGAAAAAAACGAUCUGUCGUGUGGUUGGAUGUAUAUAGUGGCAUGAACGUGUUUAGAAAGUUCGCGCUGCUAGUAGGCCUACUCGGCGUCGUGGUGGCGGCAGCGCGAGGAGCGAGCUUACGCCAUUCCGCUGUCUACGCAUACCCCACCGACGCGGGCAGUAAACCCUUUCUCACGCCGACGAAAGAAGAGCCGGAUGCAGCAGCAGCGUUGGCUAGCGCAAGAAACACACUACUGGCGAAUGCGAGCAGAAUCAACGCGUUGAAUACCCCGUCGGUGCAGCAACUCCUGCUCACCAACAGCGAUGGCACCUCCGAUCGCGUAAGGCAUUCUUCUCACACCGAUUCGGUGUUGCACGUCGGGCGUUUGAGAGACGUUGGCGACGUCGAGCCGAUAUCGGCGAUGUUUCAGCAAGUAGUCCGGGGUUCGGCUCAGCUGGGAAAUCGCGUCUAUCGCCGCAUCAACUCGCCCACCGUUCAGCUGGCGGCGGGUAAAGAGUUGAGAAGCGGCAUAUACAAGCCGCUCGUCGCUAGCAGAAGUCACGAAGCCAUCAUAGUCGUGUCGGCAUCGCCCGACGUGAAUCUGGUCACGGUCGGCGACGCGCGUGCUGCACUAGCUGCGCAUGCGCGCCUGCUGCUCGACGUGUUCGCGACGGUGAGGUUUCAACAAGAUGGCCGCGACGUCGACCGCAAACUGCUGCAUCCUCAACCUCCUCUCGCUGCUCGGUUAGCGGGCGGUGAUUCCCGCCCACCCGAUACAGAAACGACCGCCAGACCGAAGGGUGGCAAGCGAAAGCUUGGGGACAUCAACCGCUAUCGUCGUACGCGCGGUCGUCAGCUGUCACCGCUGAGAAUCACCGUAGGACGUAACCGGCUUUACAACGCCGACCCGUCUAACGAUGCUGGCAGAGGCAGAACGCCCGCAGCGUCGGCCGGUCGGCGACCCGCGCGAAAACUCGUCGGCAACGUCGGUAACACGCUGGCGACACGCGCGCGAUCAUCGAUUAUCGAGAAUACACGACAGCAAGACGCGAGACCGGAUACGGAUCCGACCGGUCUAAACGCCGUCGAUUCAUCCGAAUCUGCGAUUGCCGCCGCGCCCGUGCCCGUACCCGUGCCGGCCCUGCUGCGCGUAGCUAAUGCUGCACGACUCACAGACGCAACCGACUCUCGCGUACCGACGAUGACGACGACGACGACGACAAACUACGCGCUACUGAACGCCAAAAGAUACGCCGCGAUAAAAGCCCGACUAUCUAGCCGACCGAACGUCAUGAAACUCGUGCGACGUCGUCUCGCUGAUAGUCACACUCUCCAGCCGGAUCAGUCCUCGUCGUCGUCAGACUCGAGGCGUCCAGCGGCGGGGCGUCAAGUCCAACUCGCGGGGCAAACGACCUCAAGCGCAGGACGCCGACAGCACGAGCAGCGAGCGGUCACUCGAGCGAGCGCAGGACGCCGACAGUACGAGCAGCCUGCGGUCGCUCGAGCGAGCGCAGGACGGCGACAGUACGAUCAGCCCGCGGUCGCUCGAGCGAGCUCAGGACGCCGACAGUACGAUCAGCCCGCGGUCGCUCGAGCGAGCGCAGGACGCCGACAGCACGAGCAGCGAGCGGUCACUCAAGCGAGCGCAGGACGCCGACAGCACGAGCAGCCUGCGGUCGCUCGAGCGAGCGCAGGACACCGACAGCACGAGCAGCCCGCGGUCGCUCGAGCGAGCGCAGGACGGCGACAAUACGAGCAGCUCGCGGUCGCUCUAGCGAGCGCAGGACGACGACAGCACGAGCAGCCUGCGGUCGCUCGAGCGAGCGCAGGACGCCGACAGCACGAGCAGCCCGCGGUCGCUCGAGCGAGCAUCGAGAAUACACGACAGCAAGACGCGAGACCGGAUACGGAUCCGGCCGGUCUAAACGCCGUCGAGUCUUCCGAAUCAGCGGUCGUUUCUGCGAUUACCGCCGCGCCCGUGCCCGUACCGGUACUGCUGCGCGUAGCUAAUGCUGCACGACUCACUGACGCAACCGACUCUCGCGCACCGACGACGACGACGACGACGACGACGACGAACGACGCGCUACUGAACGCCGAAAAAUACGCCGCGAUAAAAGCCCGACUAUCUAGCCGACCGAACGCCAUGGAACGCGUGCGACGUCGUCUCGCUAAUAGUUACACUCUCCAGCCGGAUCAGUCCUCGUCGUCGUCAGACGCGAGGCGUCCAGCGGUGGGGCGUCAAGUCCAACUCGCGGGGCAAACGACCUCGAGCGCAAGACGCCGACAGCACGAGCAGCGAGCGGUCACUCGAGCGAGCGCAGGACGCCGACAGCACGAGCAGCCCGCGGUCGCUCGGGCGAGCGCAGGACGGCGACAAUACGAGCAGCCCGCGAUCGCUCGAGCGAGCGCAGGACGCCGACAGCACGAGCAGCCUGCGGUCGCUCGAGCGAGCGCAGGGCGCCGACAGCACGAGCAGCCCGCGGUCGCUCGAGCGAGCUCCCGCGGGAACACCAACAACGUGCUCCCGCCGCUGCGCGCUACGCUACGAGCCGGCGGUGGUCGUUGGCCGAAGUACUACCGAAAUGCUGUCGGUGAUAAUUUCGUCGUUGCUCCAGCGUCUUCCUUCUGGUUCGACGUUGCCUUGAACAUUGGCAACGAACUUGAACAAGGCAUCGAACUUGCCUUGACACGGUUGCCUUGA